AUGUCGUCCAAGCACUUCAUCAACGACCCGACGCACCUCGUCUCCCAGGCGCUGCACUCCCUCACCCUGACCAACCCCAACGUCGCCCUCGAUGCCGCCCACAAGAUAGUCUACCGCCGGCCGUCGCCCGACCAGCAGGCCCAGCAGCAGCAGGUGUCCAUCAUCUCGGGCGGCGGCUCCGGCCACGAGCCCUCCUUCGCCGGCAUGGUCGGCCCCGGCAUGCUCUCCGCCGCCGUCGCCGGCACCAUCUUCGCCAGCCCCUCGGCCGAGCAGGUCCGCCGCGCCAUCACCUCGCGCGUCGACCGCGACCGCGGCGUCCUCGUCGUCGUCAUGAACUACACGGGCGACAUCCUCAACUUUGGCAUGGCCGUCGAGAAGGCCCGCGCGGGGGGCGUGCCCGUCGAGAUGGUCGUUGUUGGCGAUGACGUCGGCGUGGGGAGGGCCAAGGCCGGCAAGGUCGGCCGCAGGGGCAUCGCCGGCACUGUGCUGGUGCUCAAGAUUGCGGGUGCGCUGGCCGCCUUGGGCAGGCCGCUUGAGGAGGUCGCCGAGGUGGCCCGCCUGACGGCCGCCAACAUGGUCAGCGUGGGUGCGAGCCUCGAGCACGUCCACGUCCCCGGGCGGGGCGUCGACGCCGAGGACAAGCUCCGCGACAGCGAGGACGUGGAGAUUGGCAUGGGCAUCCACAACGAGCCGGGCUCUGGGCGCGCAAAGAAGGACCUCCCCGCGCUGGUGUCAACGAUGCUCGCGCAGCUGCUCGACCAGGGCGACAAGGACCGCGCGUUCGUAAACGUAAACUCCAACGAGGUGGUGCUGCUCGUCAACAACCUCGGCGGCGUCAGCGUGCUCGAGCUGGGCGGCAUCACCGCCGAGGUGGUCGCACAACUGGCCGACAAGUACAGCAUCCGCCCUGUGCGCAUCCUGUCGGGCACCUUCAUGACGAGCCUCAACGGCCUGGGCUUCAGCGUGUCGCUGCUCAACGUUGUGAACACGGGCGUCGGCGUCAACAUGGUGGACCUGCUUGACGCGCCGAGCGAGGUGACGGGCUGGGCGGCGCCCAUCCGCAAGCAGACGUGGGAGACGCGCAACACGGCCACGCGGGAGUCCGACGAGAGCGCGAGCCAGGAGAUCAAGUCGAGCGGGCUCAAGAUGGAUGCCGCGGCGGCCACGACGGUGCUGACGAGAGCGUUGGAGAGCGUCAUUGCGGCGGAGCCGGAUGUUACGAGAUACGACACGGUGGUUGGCGAUGGAGACUGCGGCAUUGGGCUCAAGCGAGGCGCUGAAGCUAUCCUCAAGCACAUCAAGGACAAGCCCCUGACGGGCGACGCCGUCGUCGACGUCGCCUCCAUCGUGCCCGUGGUGGAAAACACCAUGGACGGUACAUCAGGCGCCCUGUACGCCAUCUUCCUCAAUGCCCUGGUCCACGCCCUGCGCACCGCCUCCGCCGGCGAGGCCAAUCCCCAAGUCUGGGCCGCGGCGCUCAAGCAGUCGUGCGACGCGCUGUCGCGAUACACGCCCGCGCGGCCCGGCGACAGAACGCUCGUGGACGCGCUGUACCCGUUCGUCGAGGUGCUCGGCAAGGCAGGCGACGUGCGCGAGGCGGCGACUGCGGCGCGCAAGGCCGCUGAUGAGACAAAGGGCAUGCAGGCGAGCCUCGGCCGGACCGUGUACGUGGGCGGAAGCGGGUACGAGGAGGUGCCGGACCCAGGCGCCUGGGGCCUUUCGUGCUUCUUCCAGGGGCUCGCCGGACAGUAG